AUGUUAUUUAUAGAAUUAUUAAUUAUGUUUGUUUCAGUUUUAUUAGCUGUUGCAUUUUUAACUGUAGCUGAAAGAAAAACAUUAGGUUAUAUGCAACGUCGUGUAGGACCUAAUGCAGUAGGUUAUUAUGGUACUUUAAUGGCUAUAGCAGAUGCAGCUAAAUUAUUAUUAAAAGAAAUUGUUAUACCUACACAUGCUGAUCGUUUAAUAUUAUUUAUAAGUCCAAUAAUAUCAUUAGUAUCAGCUUUAUUAUGUUGAUCUGUUAUACCUUUUGCACCAGGUGUAGUAAUAUUUGAUAGUAAUUAUGGUUUAGUUUUAUCAUUAGCUAUAAGUAGUAUAGGAGUAUUUGGUACUUUAUUAGCUGGAUGAUCAGCUAAUAGUAAAUAUUCUUUAUUAGGUUCUAUUCGUUCAACAGCUCAAUUAAUUAGUUAUGAAUUAGUUUUAACUACUAUAUUUUUAUUAUGUAUUUUAAUGAAUUCUACUAUGAAUGUUUCUCGUUAUAUUGAAUUACAAGAAUCAAUAUGAAUUGGUAUACCUUUAUUACCAUUAGCUAUAAUAUUCUUUAUAGCUUGUGUUGCUGAAUGUGCUAGACCUCCUUUUGAUAAUGUUGAAGCUGAAUCUGAAUUAGUUUCAGGACAUAUGACUGAAUAUUCUUCUUCUAUUUUUGUUUUAUUCUUCUUAUCUGAAUAUGCUUCUAUUUUAUUUUUAUCUACUGUUACUGCUAUCUUAUUCUUUGGUGGUGGUACUGGUAUUGUUUUAGGUAUUAAAGCUAAUAUAUUUGCAUUUACUUAUAUUUGAGUUAGAGCUGCUUUACCUCGUGUAAGAUAUGAUAAAUUAAUUGCUAUGUGUUGAGUUAUUUUCUUACCUUUAUUAUUCGCUUUAGCUUUAUAUAUACCUAGUUUAUUAUUCUUAUUAGAUGCUUAUUUAUUUAUUUAA